GUGUAAACCCGGAAAUGACGUAUCGUGUUGCCAAUCGCUGAGCUUACUGCAUAUCCUUGAAGACUGUCGCAUCAUCUGACAUUUACGCAUCAGAAUCAAGAAAACGCUCAGAUAUGGAGAUAUCACUUUAUAGGAUUUUCAUUCUUUUCAUAUUAAUAACAGCUGUUUGCAUGAGUAACGUGACAGACGUGGCGAGUACAACAGAAGUAUUAACAAGUACACCCACUUCUCAGAAGCCCGUCAUCACGACCGCAACUCCCACUUCGACAACAACCCUUACACCUGAGGAACUUUGUGGUAAGCACAACACGUCUUGUGAUGAUUGCCUGGGAGUGUCUGGUGCAAAGUGCCUUUGGUGCAAAUCAGACAGCAGUUGCAAGCCAUACCCUUACAGCAAGGUUUUGCCAAGUGCCCAUGAAUGUGCUUUAAGUGAGGCCCGCUGGGGUGUCUGCUGGUUGAAUUUUGAAGCACUGAUCAUUGCUGUCAGUGUUAUUGGUGGUGUCAUCGUUCUUACUAUCACAUGCUGCUGUAUCUAUUGCUGCUGCUGCCGUGGUAAUAACCAGAAGAAAUAUGACAAAGAUCAACACGAUGAUGAACAAAAAUUGGAGCGCAAGGCAAAGCAAGAUGAGCGAAGAGCUGAAAGACAGAGUCGGCUUGAUGAGAUCAGACGCAAAUAUGGCUUGAUGAAGGAUGAUGCUCCAUACCAACGUUUUGAUGCUUGAGAAGAUUGCUAUUUGACCCACAGUGACCUGUGGGUUCUGUCUUCUCCGUUGGCAUGCGUCAGCCACAAAGAUGACCACUCUGUUUUGGUUUCAUCUUCACAUUCACUCCUAAAGUCUCUUAAUUCCUUUUGUUUCACCUUUUCAUUCUCUAACCAACCUUCUUCUGCCCUACAACCAUCAAUCUUCAGCUGAUUCAUGAUAACAAAUGUAUUGCUCAUUCUUUUGUCCCACCAUGCUAAAAGUUUUAUGGUGAUAAUACAAAGAUACAAAAAUGGUUGCUGAGAUUUUUACAAUCAGUUGGUACGCAAUUACACAUAUUUUAUAUCUUAACUUGAAUCAUUCUCUGUAUCUUUUCCUCUGAUCCAUUUUAUGUAUUUUGUGACAGACAAAACUAAGAUUUUGUACAGACUCAGACUCCCAAGCCCUAUUCUACUUGGUGCAACAAUACAUACUUCCACCCUUUAUGGUCACAUUAUUCUAUCUAUUGAUAUGAUUAUUAUUUUUGCCUAGUUAACUGAUUGUAUUUUAAAAGUAAUUUAAUAUGUUCAGGCAUUAUUUUUUUCCAACAAUGAAUUUUAUUAUCUGGGUGUGAAUGGGUACAAAACCUAGGAUAUUAUUAGAAAUAAUGGUUUUGGUCACCAGUUUGAAUGAGCAAAAAAAGAACAAGGUUGAUUAUAAAAUGAGUGUAAAAUAUGACAUGGUUUCAGAAAAUGAUGACACAUUGAUUUGAUGUGUGCUUGUAGUUUUUAUUUUUGAAUGGGAUAUCAGUUUUUGGAAAUACUCUUGCUUUUCAUCUUUAAAAAAGUAACAAUUUACAGAUUUUUCAUUUAUUGCCUGACCAACCAAAGUUUAAACUAAAAUUUUUAUGCCAAAAUUACUGAGGGCAUGUUAAUGGUAAAUAUUUUAAUGUAUAGUAUCAUAUUAGUGCUUACAAGUUAUUGACAGAUGGGCUAGUGGUAUUCAUGACAAAUAUUUCUGCACACCAGUCUUGACUGUUUAACCUAGCUGCAGCCAUGAAGAGAAAAAUGUAAUGUUUAACAUAUCAACCAUCUCAGAAUUUAUAUAUUAACUGUGUUGUGCUUUGUAAGCUAAGUGUAUUGGAAUCAUGCUGUAAUUUGCUUUCAGGUUCUGUGUUACAUGUGUUGCAGAACAGUGCUUAUGAGUAGCAAGUUCGUAGUUAAAAGACUUUAAGUAGAAAUUAUUUACAAUUUUUAUGAAGGAAGACUGAAAGCUAGUCCUCACUUACCAUUCCUUAGCACAGUGCAGCCAUGCAUUACACUACAACUGAUUUGUGAAUGAAUAGCGGCCAGUAUUAAUGUCUGAUUUCUAAAACACUUACAGUAUGCAUGGUGCAAGAAUCAUUUCAGAAAUGAAGUAAAACUGUAAUUUAGUGGAUUAUCUCUUCCUUUUUUUUUAUGCUGCAGACAAUGCUAAUGGUGUGUCAUCAUCUAACAGGAAAAGUUAUUUUAAUUAUGUGAACACCUGUUGGACUGAAGGUAACUGCAUUCAUUCAACAAAUCAGAAACAAACAAAAAGAGUGUUUUUGAGCUCCAAAUAGAAAAAGAGCUGCAUUGUAUGCAAAUUUUUCAGAUGCUGAUGGACAGAGUGUUCAACCAUUUAAGAAGGCACAACUGAUCAUCCCUUGAUUAAUUUUCACUGAUUUUUGUCUUUUGUGUGAACAUUUUGAAACUUGUAUAUGACAACAACAGUUAUGCUGCCAAUUCUCAUCAAGUUUCUGAUUGCAUAAACAAUAUGUUUGAUGAAAGUAAGCAUUGCGGUAAUGUCCAAAUUUUGAUCAUUCCUGUCUAGAAUUUUGCAUUCCAUUAAUAUUUACAGGUUUUAUCAAUUUGACCACAGUAUUUCAAAGAGGUGAUUUACAUAGUUUUGAGCAGAUUUUUUGUUUUUAAGAUUGUUUCAUCAGCUUUAAAAAAAACCCUUUGUGUGUGUGUGUGAUAUAUCAACAGAAUAAUAACAAUAGUUUUUAACAUAUAUAUUGCCUUUCUAAAAGUGUGCCUUAUUUUCUGCCAACCUCCCCUCCCCCUUUGUGACAAUACGCUGAUCGAGUACUUUGAGUAAUUAGAAUUAUAGUUUCCACCCCAAAUUUGAUUCAAAGAAAAUUUUGGAGCAGGUUUCAAUUAAAUUUUGUACAUAUUGUAAAAAUGCAGUCAGAAAUUGUCAAUACUUGUUAGUUGAAUUAAUGCAUACAUGCUAAUGGUUCUCGAGGAAUAAAUAUUUUGUCACAAAAAAA